AAGCCACAUGAGGCCUGGGUGAACACACAGAAUGAUGGGACUGUGGUCAAUGGUCACUGCACCUGCAUGGCUGGCUUGGGUAGCAUGUGUUCCCAUGUCGCAGCCAUCCUCUUCAAAGUGGAGGCAUGUCACCGUACUGGCUUGACUACAGAUGCAUGUACAUCACAACUCUGUGAAUGGAACAAGACAUUUGUGAAGAAGAUUAAAUCUGGGCCAGUCGUUGAUAUGGAUUUUUCCAAGCCAAAUCACAACAAAACAACACGGACAGUCGAGCCUCAGCCUACCAAAGAGAUCAAGGAGCCAAAUCACAGUGAUUUUAUUGCAUUCCUUGCUGAUGUGCAAAAGGUAAACCCCACCACCGUCUUACUCAGUGUAGUGCCAGAGUUUUCUACAGCCACAGAGGAACCAACCCCUCUACACAUGCCCAUACCUCUUACUACACUACUAUACAAACCCGAGUAUAGAACCAUGUCAACACCAGACUUUCAAAGAGAAGUUGAUAAAGUGUUCCUCAGCCUUAAGAUAACUGAAUCUGAAAGUGCUGGUCUGGAGAUGUUCACCAGAAGACAGCAGUUGAGUGAUGACUGGCUGGAACAGAGAAAGGGGAGGAUAACAGCUUCAACGCUAUUCCGUGUUCUCCACACUGACCCCACAUCACCUGCUCCCUCCCUUGUCAAAAGUAUAUGUGGGCUGUCAUCAUUUACUUCCAAAGCCACUGCACAUGGGAUUAAGUUUGAAAAGAAGGCCCGUAAGAUGUAUGUGAAAGAGAAAUCAACUCAACACACCAAAUUCAGGUACUCAUCCUCUGGGUUGAUCGUUAACCCUUUGUACCCACAUCUCGGGGCUAGUCCCGAUGGUAUCAUCAGCUGCAGCUGUUGCAGCGAAAAGGGUCGGCUGGAGGUGUAA